AUGGCGAGAGGUGAACUCGGAGAGGGUGGAGGCGAGAAGGUGGCGGCGGAGAGAGAAGCCGCCGCCCCGGCGGAGGACCCCCGUCUCCAGGGCAUCUUCUCCUCCAUCCGUGUUAUCCCCCACUUCCCCAAGCACGGUAAGUCAGUCAGUCAGUCUCUCUCUCUGCCUCCAUGUGUGUCUGAGGGAAGGAUUUAAGGUGAGUGAGUUUUCGGUGAAGGGAUCAUGUUCAACGAUGUCACCACGCUGAUGCUGCGUCCGCAAGUGUUCAAGGACACAGUCGACAUCCUCGCUGAGAGAUACGGGGGCAUGGCCAUCUCCGCCGUGGCCGGUACCAACCUCUGCCCGCCCCCUUGGUCUCCAUUGGAUAGCCUCUUGCUUUUUUUAGUCGCAUAUCACCUUCUUCUUUUACAAUAGCGAGUUUCUUUGGAGCUACUUGGAGGAUACUGCCGUAUUAUAUAACUAAGAGCAGGCUUCCCUAGGAUCUUUCACUUCCAUUAGAAAGGAUGAGUGGAAUUGGAUAAAAGUUCCUCCUUUUCUAUGAAUUUUAUUUUUCUCUGUUAAGUUUCUUCUGUAUAUCGAGGAAAAAAGAUGGAAGAGAAGCCAGUUUGCCACCCUACAGUUGAUAAUCAUUGUAUCGAAGUUUUCUGAUUUUUUUUCGGUUGACUUAUUUUCGAUUGACUUAGUUUAAAGCCUUCGAUCUCAAAGUUGAUUUAGUAUAAUUUCUUCAAUGGUUUCAACAGUUUGACCUGAUUUUGUUCGUCCGUUUCUCUCCUCUCGUCUGUCUUCAUUUUAUUCACUGUAUUGAUCACUUAAUUUUCAUUUCCAAUCGUUUUUCAGUUGUCUCGAGUAAUAUUUUCCUCAAUCUCAUUUGAUUCCUAAUGUUAUGACCUUUUCAUGAAUCAUCUUAAACAGGAAUUGAGGCCAGAGGUCUCAUAUUUGGUUCAUCAGUUGCUUUAGCUUUGGGUGCAAAGUUUGUACCUUUACGAAAGCCUAAUAAGCUUCCAGGUAAUUAGUAGCAAUUUUUUUACGUAUUUUAUUGAAUUUGUUUACUUCUGAGAAGCAAAAAGUUCUUCAUACUCCAUGUGGUUCUCGUCUUACUGUCUUAUUAUUUUUAUGAUCUAAUGCUUAAACCAUUAUAAUUAAUUAUUCAUUGAUUAAAAUAAGAAAUGCUUCAUUCUCUUACAUUGAAAAUUUCUAUGAAAUAAAAAAUGAAAAAAUAGUGAUCAUUGUUAUUGUUCAUACAUAGGUUUCUUAAUAAUUUCUAUUCUCCAUAAUUUUUGUUGUCAUUUAUCAUACAUGUGCUGCAUUAAAGUGUUAAAUGUAUUUAUUAAAUUGUUGAUGAUACUUGAUUUAUAUUUAUAACUAUGAGUGUAAAGUGUCUGAUUUCUUGUUUAUAACAUUAAUUUUUCCUUUUUUUGGACUUGGAUAUAAAUAUAAGUCCUCUGGUUUGGUGCGUUAGUUCAAAAUAGUCAGACCUUCCUUUAUACUUGUGUUUUUAAAGUAUUGAAUUCUCAAUGACACUUGCGGACUUAGACUAUCGAAACCUCUCAUUUUAACUGUGGGUACUUAAAUAUUUAAUAAAAAAUUCAUUUUCAAGUGAAUAAUUUAACUUCUUUUUUUUCUUCUAAUUGAUAGGUUAUGGUUGAAUGCUCUUUCGUGUCUAUUUCCUAUUCAUUGAAAUGACAAUCACUCAUGGAGGCAUUCCUUGUAAUCAUGUAUGUAGGCAAAGUAAUUUCUGAGGUUUACACCCUAGAGUAUGGUCAUGAUUGUCUGGAAAUGCAUGUUGAUGCUGUUCAAGCUGGAGAGCGCAUUUUAAUCAUUGAUGAUUUUAUAGCCACUGGUGGAACAAUAUCUGCUGCGAUCAGACUUUUAGGUAAAUGCAAAAUGGUGAAAACAAGUAUACAUGGAUUCAAAUAUAUUUUUAUGCUUUAUUUAUUAUCAAUUUAUUUUGAACUUGAUGUCACAAUUUUUCAAUACGAUCUCUCUCUUGGGUAUUUUAUCUCAUCUUUGCAGCAUGUUUUGCUCUGUUCAAUAUUGUUAAGAAGUCUAUGUCAUACAAAUGGAUUUUUCUCGUUAUGAAUUUUUAUGGAUGGACUUGAUAUCUCUUUGAUUCUAAUAGAUCGUGUUGGGGCGAAUGUUAUUGAAUGUGCAUGUGUUGUUGGGUUACCCAAGUAUAAGGUAUGAAUUCUAUCUCGUUGUCCAGAAAGCUAUUUUUCAAACAAGUUUUAGAGUUUUAUUUUAUUCUUUCAGUCUUGAAUCCUGUAAAUUAAGUAUACUUAUUGAAGUUUCCAUGCUCCUUCAACUUGCUGAUAGGGCCAUUUUAAGCUGAAUGGGAAGCCCAUUUAUAUACUCGUUGAAUGUCGCAACUAG